GUUGUAACACUGUAACACUCUCUGCAACACAACACAGCAGUCCACUCCACUCCACGCCACUCCACGCCACUCUCUGCAAGGAUGAUCUCUUGCGCGUUUCUAAUUUGGACACUUUUUGCCGGACUUGGCGCUUUGUUGUUCUACCAGAGCCUGUUCCACCCUUACUUUUGGAAGGAUCUGAUGUAUUACUUAAAGGUCCGAAAGGUCGGGAAGGCGACGAUGGCGGAGAUGAGACGCGGGGUUCUCACCUUCCUCCACCGCUUCGUUGAACAGGCGAAACAGACUCCUGACAAGCCCUUCAUCGUGUUCGAGGAGGAGGUGUUGACCUACAUGGAUGUGCACCUAAGGAGCAACAAGUUUGCGGAGGUUUUCCGCAGUGAGGUCGCAGUGAAACACGGCGACAUUGUCGCGCUUUGGAUGAGCAACGAGCCCGACUUCGUGUGCGCAUGGUUCGGGCUGAGUAAAGUGGGCUGCGAGGUGGCCUUCCUCAACUCCAACAUCAGACCCAAAGCUCUUCAGCACUGUCUGCACAGCUGUGGGGCCAAAGUUCUCAUCGUGGGAUCUGAUUUAAUCCCAUUUUUAGAUGAUGUCCUGCCAGCUCUAUUGGAUCAUGACAUUAACGUGUGGGUAACAGAAAAGAGCUGCUCACAUCACAGCGUCGGCACCUUGCUAGAUAAAGUAGAGCUGGCCUCAGACGAAACACCACAAGUUGACUUUCCCCUGCCAAAUCUCACGUCCAACUUUUUGUUCAUCUUCACCUCAGGGACCACAGGGCUUCCAAAAGCUGCUCGGAUCAGUCACAUCAAGGCUGUGAUGAGCAUGGCCUUCUUCCGCAUGUGUGGGGCUGAUAAAAAUGAUACCAUCUAUCUCACCUUGCCACUCUACCACAUGGCCGCCUCUCUACUGGGUAUUGGCGGUUGCAUUGCUCUCGGAGCUACAUGUGUUCUGAAGAAGAAAUUUUCCGCCAGCCAGUUCUGGAAAGACUGCAUCAAGCACGAGGUGACUGUGUUCCAGUAUAUUGGAGAACUCUGUCGAUACUUGAUCAGUCAACCCAAGACUCCAGAGGAGAAGGCACAUAAAGUGCGCAUUGCUGCAGGAAGCGGCCUGAGAGCAGAUGUCUGGAAGGAGUUUUCAAGACGCUUUGGGAAAAUCCAGAUUUGCGAGGCGUAUGGUCUGACCGAGGCCAGCAUUGGUUUUGUGAACUACACCACUGAAAUAGGACCCAUCGGUCGAGCUAGUUAUUUCAAUAAGCUUAGUUUACCAUUCGAAUUUUUGAAAUGUGACCCGGAAACAUAUGAACCUAUCCGAACAGAUAAAGGGCGCUGCUUGAAAGUGAAUAAAGGUGAAGUUGGUUUGCUGGUUGCCCCGCUGUCUUUCACCAACCCUUUUCUUGGUUAUGCGGGAAACAAAGCCAUGUCGGAAAAGAAGUUGCUGAGAGAUGUGUUUAAAGAGGGGGAUGUUUAUUUCAACACGGGAGAUUUGAUGCUUCAGGAUCACAGAGACUUUGUCUACUUCAAAGACAGGAUAGGAGACACAUUCAGAUGGAAAGGAGAGAAUGUGGCCACCACUGAAGUUUCUGAAGUUUUAGGCUGUUUGGAGUUCCUGCAGGAUGUAAACGUCUACGGUGUCACAGUACCAGGUUACGAGGGAAAAGCAGGGAUGGCAGCUGUGGUCUUAAAGGAAGGCCAUGACUUGGAUGGAAAAAGCCUUUACAGUCGUUUGGUACAGAGCCUUCCAGCAUAUGCCUGGCCAUGGUUUUUAAGAGUCCAGACUUUCUUGGACGUGACCGAGACCUUUAAGCAGCAAAAGAAAAACCUAGUGGAGGACGGCUUCUGUCCUCAGGUUGUCCAAGCUCCACUUUACUUCCUGGAUAACGCUAAGAAAACCUACAUUCCCCUCUCUCAGAGCGUGUAUGAUGACAUUGUCUCAGGCAAGAUACGACUCUGAGCCUGUCAUUUCAGGACAAGUGAAGGAAUGUGCAUCUGAGUUUGAACGCAGCACGUUGAUCACCGUUUUGUUAUUUUUGCAGGGAAUGCUGUUCAGGGUUUGGAUUUGAGAACUAUUUUUUUUUUUUAAACAAUAUUUUAACUUUGAGGAAAACACUGGAAAUUUCUCAAAAGCAUUGUCACUUUUCAGUGUUUUAAAAGUUCUUUUUUCAUUUUGUGGUAAAUGUUGGAGAACACUGAAUUAUAUUGAGAAUAUUCCACGUGGAAGCCUAUGGGAAGUAAUUUCUGCACUACGUCUUGCUUUAGGAGUGCACGUUUCACCUAUCGAAAUUUUCAAAAACAUGAAAAAAAAAUAUUCAGAGAUCCGAUUGAAAUUUUGAAACGCUGCCAUUGUACAAGUCAUUUAUUGAAGGAAAACAUUGGAACUUUCUGUGCAUAAAUAUUUUAAAUGUUGAAUUCCCCCCCCUUUUUUUUUUAAAAAUACAAAGCCAGAAAUUAACUUUUUUUUCUUCUUUGUUUUAGGAAAUCUAUUAUGUUGAACAACACUGCCCAGGAAACUGUAUUUUACAUAGCUAACUAUGUAAAAACAUGCCAUGCUGGAUUUCCUAACCCAUUUUAUUACUAUAUCAUGUGUAGUAUAUGCUGUUAUAUAACUUAUACAAGUUGUUUAUUAAGAAUGAUGUUAU